CGUACACAAUGCACUCGCUUUCCGUAUAAAGACUCGUUCUCACGCUACUUUCUCCUCAGCACACUCAUCAUCACGGCCCAUCAUGUCUUACUACGGCCACCCCUACGUUAUCCCCCAGGGCUACUACUACCCUCAACAGGCCGGUCGCCAGCCGCAGACGCCAGUCCCCGCCGCUUCGGCCAGCGCUGAGCAACUCGCACUCGAGGAACGCCAGGCCCUCGCCUAUCUCCAGAGCGUCCGUCGCCGCCGCGAGGCCGCCGAGGCCGCAAUGGCGCUCGAAGCCAAGGAGCGGCAGCGUGCGCAAGCUGAGCGCGAGGAGGCUCUUCGCGCCGCUGCUGAGCGCCACAACGCUCUCAUCCAGGCCGCCCGUCGUGAACGUGCCAUCCGCGAAGCACUUGAGCGCGAGCGCCAGCGUGAGGCCGCCUUCCAGCAGGCACUUCAGGCCCACCAGGCUCAGCAAGUCCAGGCCGCCAUCGAAGCCGAACGCCGCCGCCAGACCGCCGCCGCCGAGGCUUACGCCCGCGCCCUAGGCGAGCACCGUCAGCGCUCGCAGCGCAGCCUCCCGACUCAGGCUCCCCAGUGCCAGAUUGCCGCACCUUUUUCUCCUUCGCCCCUUGCCAAGGUUCAGCAGCCGGCCGCUUUCGCACCUCGGCCGGAAACGACUCUGCAGCCUCACGACGAGGUCGACCUCGACGGCAUCAACGCCCUUCUUGGUCAGCUGUUCGGCUUCAACCUGGCUACCGAGCCUACCGAGGAGCCGCCCGUCCCCAAGCCCAAGAAGGAAACCCCUCAGACCAAGGCUGAGCCCUCAAUGCCCGCCGAUGAGGCUAAGGCCGCCACUUCGCCCCCUCAGACCGCCCCCGCUACCGCCCAGCCCGCCGCUCGGAAGGACGACGCUGAGCUCCCUGAGGACUUGAACGAGCUUCUCAACCAGUUCCUUGGCCUCAACGUCGCCCCCGCCGCCGAGGGCGAGCGCAGCAAUCUCAAGGCUUCGCAGCAGCUUGUCGGCAACGCAGUGGAAGACCUCAACGCAUUCCUCGGACAGUACGGUCUUGAGUUUGUGCCCGAGUCCGAGUCCGAGUCGGACUCGGAGUACCAGACCCCCAAAACCUCCGUCGACACCCAGGACGAGCCGAAGGCCAAGAUUACCAAUGAGUCUGGCUGGGCGGUUCUGCCUGCCGAGAAUGACAAGAACGCCAAGUCUGCUGCACCGACUGUGACCCCGGCCAACACCGCACAGCCUACACCGCCCACUCAGCUCACGGCCGAGCGCGACGCCCCUGCCCCGCCCAAGGACAAGGAGGAGCGUCACCGCCAGGCUUCUCGCGAGCCCGACGAGGAGGCCCCCUUCACUUCGACUCUGAGCAGUUACCAGAACCUGCCGCCCUACCUUCGCGAUAUUCUCUCGCAGAUGGAGGCCGCCAUGUGUGAGGAGGACCAGUGCGAGUGCAACCCCGAGACGCGCACUCCUUGCGUCCACGGUCCGGAUGGCAUGCCUUGCGCCGCCCACCGCCAGCGUACCCGCCGCGAGCGCGCUCUCGCUAAAAAGCGCGCCGCUAAGGAGCGUCGGGAGCAGCGCCGCGCCAAGAAGUUCGCCACCGCCCAGGACGACAAGGACGCCGCCGGAAUUCCUCUCGGCGCCAGCCCCAACGACACUGUUGUCCACCACGACGUCUACGCCCAGGCCGCGGCCGCGGGGGCUGCUGUUGAGCACGAGGUUGCCGACGCAAAUGUGAGCGCACAGGAGGCCCGCGAGGAGGCCAUCCCUGAGAAUGAGCCGCAGUCGGUUGUCGACGAGCACCGCUCGGUGGCUGAACAGGCUGUCGCCGCGGGUACUUCGCAGCUCCAUGCCCCCCAUCCCACCACCGAGAGUCAGGAGAAGAUCGACGCUCGGGAAGAGCAGCAGGAGGCCAUCCCCUCAGAGGCAUCAAAGACCGACAUUGCGGCCCACCGCGAGAUCGCCGAAGAGGUCGCAGCCAAGCCUCACUCUGAGCUGCGCGCUGACGCGCCCGCCUUCCAGUCCAAGUCCGACAAGAAGACGAAGGACGCGCAGCCCUCCUCUCCCGAGGCCGAGGAGUCUGUCCAGAAGUUGAACGCGAUCUCGCAGCAGCUCAAGGCGACGUGCGCGAAGUUCAAGUUCCCCCGCACACUCUCGUUCUCGCCAUCCCUUGCCGACGCUACCCAACCUCCGCUCCUGUACACGCGUAACAACCACGCAUACCACGCUCAGGCACACAGUCUCAUGCAGCUCCUGCUCGCCGUUGACGGCGUGCAGAGCCACGGCGACAAGGCCGUGCGGAACCGUCGUAAGGCCGUCGUCAAGGAGAUCGAGGGCGCGCUCAACGACCUGGAGAAAGGUCGCGACGCCAAGUGGGCCGAGGUCAAGGCCCGUCGUGAGCGGGGCGAAAGUGACGAUGAUGAUGACGAUUGGAUCCUCACGGGUGACACGACGGACGCCACCAGCGACCUUGACGCAUAGUGCCUAGGCUGAAGAAAAAAUCACAACAAACGCCGUAUCAUGUGUAGUAUCUAGACUCCUUUCUCCAUUCCGCAUAGUGUCACAACAACAGCAAACCCACAUGCAGCUUUGUACAUGUUUUUGA